AGGCCACUAAGCAGACGCCUUGUCGAUUUUCUAAUUUGGAGAUUUCUGUUGAUCGUAGUGGAAAGUUUUGGAAUUAUGGACAGAACGGCCCUUUUCAAAGCCACUGUGAAAACUAUACGGACCAGAAAUAAAGCCCUUGGUGUCAAAGAGGCAACAAAGGACAUUUUGGGCUCGAAAAGACACAAGGGUGAAUUUGGAACGAAAGCGAAAGAAGUGGUAAGAGUACAACCCAUCUAUUUAACUGUACUCUUUAUGUACCAUUUUCAGCAUGAAACAGAUUCUAACGAGCAAGGUUCAGUAAGGUGUGCUUUCAUAUUCAAGACUGAUUUAUUUUGACAGACAACAUAUUGUACAGACUUUCGUGGGAAGAUUUCCGCACACCCCCAAUACUUGAUUUUGUAUACAGUUCUUGCAUGGAUAAACAAUGGCGAAAGAAAACAAUAAUUUGCCUUGUAAGACUACAGCUUUGUUUUACAGUAGCAUGGGGCUGUUCGGAAAUCUUGUAACUUGAUGUUGGUUCAUUGUUAUAAUUAUCUUCACCUGUCAGUUGUCUAACUGGUUUUAUUAUAUAUUACAUGUACUAUAAAAAAUCUGAUUGUCAAGAAUAUUCAAUCAAUAUACAAUAGUGUGAGAAGAUGACAUGACAAAUGCAUUGUCUGCAGGAGAUAUUGCAUUUAUCAUAAUGAGUUCAAAGUUAACAUAGUUUCAAAGUCCUUCAAAGUGUUCUCAAACCCUUGCUGUUCUCAGAGUCAGAUUAACUCAAAAUGACCAAAUGCUUUUAAAAAAUGUAUGAUAAAGCAAUAAGUUUAUUGUGCAUGGUAUAGGUUUUUGCAUGAUAUCUUGAAUUAUCAAACCUUGUGUCUGUGUUAUUUGCCUGAGCUUUGGCUCAGUGGCAGAUAACUCAGACAUUAGUUUUGACAAUUCACAAUAUCACACACUGCUUAAUUUGAUAUUCCAUAUUACUCAAAAAGUGAUGCCCAAGACUUGAAAAAACAUGUUCACAUCAGAUCUUGCUUACCCUACUUUUAUUAGGUUUUUUUAGUUUUUAUUCAGCAAAAUGAUAUGAUUGAUAAGUGUUUAUUUUAAUUGGGGCUGCUUUCUUUCACAACAGCUUGUCAAUAUUAGUAAGCUGAGAGAUUUCCUACUAAAACACCAAAAGGAUUAUGUCAGUCCAUUCAGGUAAACAGAGUUCCCACUCAAACUGCAAUAUUAGUAACAGUUGGUGAAUUAUUUCAUGAUUAUAUUUGUCUGAGUUGAUAAGUGAUUGCUUAUUCAUGGUGGUCACCACAUUGAGGGGGAGCGUUUUAUUUCAAGAAGGGCAGUAUUUGGGUUUUAAAAGAAGUUAUGCACAUUUGAGGGUUGCUUAUUCAAAGUGGGUGCUUAUUUGGGGGACAGUAGAAAUUUGAUGAUUUAUAAUAUGUUAAUCAUAAAAGCCAAAUCUUGGGGGUUGAUAUUAAAUAUAAUUAUAUUGAUUUUCUUGAUUUACUCAGUAGUAAUUUUGCAGGAGAUUUACAGAGUAAUGCAAGUUCUAAGUCAAUCAAAUACUUUUAUUUUUAUUGGUACAGUCACCUGAGUUUAGAGUUGUCUAGUAUGACAGAUGAAGAGCGAGACCAAAUAGACACAGAUGCUGAAACUUACAUGAGAACAUGCUCAGUUGCUAUACAAACCCUCAAAAAUGAAGGUAUUGAUACAGCUUAGUGUAACCAUGGCAAACAUCAAACUGAAAGUAUGUAAAAACAGUGUCAUUAUUAUCAACAUUUCAGGAAAAAUCCACAUGUAAUUAGCACUAACAUUCACUGUACAAUUUACACUAGAUAUAUUUGUCAGAGAUGACUUUGUUUCAUUAAAAAUGAUGUAGGGUUAAAAUGAUAUCACACUUAAGCUUGAUUCUUUCGUAAGUUACCUUGCUCUAAUUCUCUAGCAAUUUUACCUGGAACGAAACAACUACAAAUUAAAUUGGUUUAGAUUUAUUUUGACCUGAAAUUAAUAUUAAACUGCUAUGUGCAUACAAAUCACCAUUAAAUAUAUUUACAGUGUUCCUUGUCUAAAUCCUCUCUGUCAUAUUCUGUACUACACAUUCAAGCAAUGUAAGUCUCAAAUUUCAAAUUGGCCAGGUGCUUAGCUAUGUAAUGUAAAAUAAUUUUGUUAAUUUAACAAGUGUUUACAAAAAAGAUGAUGAUGAGAAAUUAAUCAGAUUGAACCUUAGUCCUUGAAAUUUUGAAAUAUUGCAAAGCAAACUAGAUUAUAAUUUUUUACCUGGACAAUUCUUCUCAAAUACUCUUUACAGCAUUGCAGCAGAAAAGAAGUGAACAAGUUAUGACUCACAGGGAAGUUGUACUGGAAAUGCUAGGACAGUAUUUAAAAGGUGCACUAUAUGCUAGAUUAUAAAUGAUCAAUACCAACACAGUGUAGGAUUAUCCACUAAUUCAAUUAAUUUCUAUUGAAAGUGGAAGACACUAUUCAAAUAUUAGUUCUGCAGAAAAAAGGAACUGGUGAAAUGAGUUUUAAUUGAGGCUGUUCCCCUAAAGUAUUAUGGUUCAUACUUGCAACUAGAUUUUUCUAUAAUAGCACUCAAUUUGAGGGGUAGUGAACACUAAAAUUAGAGACUUUGGAAGACAACAAGCCUCUUUUUUGAAAAUUCAAGUGAGACCAAAUUACCCUAGUCAUGCAUAUCCUAGCUAAUACUGUUGCUUUACCUAGAUCUUACCUAGAUACUACAAUUGAUCUCACUAAAUUGUUGGGUUAGAGUUGCAAUACUCACUUUUGUGAAUCAGUUUCUUCAUUGCGAUACUUUCAAAUAACAGCGAUCAAAUAAAGCCAUUUGUCACUCACAAAGAUAACUCUAAGUCACUCUUGCUUGCCUCCUUGGGACCAAUUAUCAGAAAAACUCCCAGAGUUUGGAAACUUUGAAAGGAAAAAAAUACUUUGAGAUUGAAAAGGGUGUGAUCCAUGAUUUUUCUGGCACCAUUUGCCAAAUCCAGAAUGUUAUUAUAUCUGGGGCUUGUCCAUUUGGGAUACCUUUCUGUAUGUCCAUUCUUUAGGACUUUUUUACUGUAGUUACUCUUUUUAAUGUGGUGUUAUUUUUGAGGGGAAUUGUCUGUCACAUGUGGUAAAAACUCUCUAACUUCUUCUGUUAGUGGUUUGCAAGUUGUACAGUGAACAAAGAGCUAUCCGUGUCAGGAGAGUAGUGGAAAAGAAACGAAUGUAAGACCAAUAACCAUACUCUGACUUGUAGAGUCCUUAGAAAAAUGGGCACUUCAGAGCCUCAGUAAUGAUAACUUAGAGAUAAAAAGAAUUUGUUUCAAAUUAAUCCAUAUUUAUAAGUCUAGUGAUGUGUAGGUUGAAGAGUUACAAGGUACAUGUAACAACUUGAUUUAAUUAAUUUAUUUAAUUAUAAUUAGUAUAUAUGCCACACUUGUGGAUAAUGCUUUUUGUGCAUGGUGAUUGGCUGGUUCAAAAGUGAUUAGCAAGUUAGUAUUAUUCACCUACAAGCAGCAGAAGACACAAAAUUGAGGAUCAACAAUUUAAUUUCAGACUUUCAUUUGGUAUAUGGACAGAAAUAAAUUAAUUUUUUGGUUUCUGUUUGUUAUAUUCUAAAAUAGUUAUUCACUUCCACUUUGAUGAAUAACUGUUAAAUUUGCAUGUGCUGUAUGAUGAAUAUGCACUUUUCAGAUUUUUGCUUUUAAUUUGUAGUUUGAGAAUUAAAACCAGAUAUACACCACUUUUGACUACAAACAAAUUUGAACUUCAUGUCAUUAUCAAUUUUCUUUGAUUUCUUUUUAUUCAAAAUAAGAUCCAGACUGCAACCUGAACAAAAAAGAUUGAAACAAGAGUCAAAUGGACAGCUUGAUUCUAAAUCAUCUGCUUCAGAAGUCAAAGAUGAUGUUUCAAAAGGUUGGUUAUGGGAAAAAUUUAAUUUCAGUGAAUAACUACAGUAUGCUUGCCUCUUAAUAAAUGUUACUUUUCUCUGGUUCAUUACUAUUUCAGCUGCAGUUUGUAAAUAUUGAAAUAAAAAUUAAGAAAUAGAGAUGAAUUUAUCUAUUGAAAAAAUGCAUAUGAACAAUUGUCAGUAGAAUUGAGGGAUGGAAUUGGAGUAUUUUUGUGAUAUGAAUGAAGUGUCAUCUAAUGAGAAACUUUUUAUAAAUGAUUAUUAUCAGUAAAGCUUUUUAUCAGUGGAGGAUGUGGUUCUUAUGAAUGACUGCACAUGGUAUACUGAAAGACAGGGAAAGUUUCUGAAGGAAGGGUUCAGACAGGUUCAUACAGGUCCUGGAAACCCUGGAAAGUCCUGGAAUUUUAUUUUGACAUUUUCCAGGACUUUCAAAUUAAAAAAAAGAAGAAAAAGACUACAGGUCCUGGAAAGUCUUGGAAAUUUGCUUUACAAUUGCGAUAAAAUUUUCAGAAUUUAUGUUACAAGAAAUGUAUGUAGAUGGUAAGGAGUAUUGAUUUCAAAAUCUUGCAAAUGAAAGGGUUUAAGGUGAAAUUUAGAGCCCUGGAAAAAUUGGUCUGAGUCCCGGAAAAGUCCUUGAAAUUCUGAAAAAGGGUACAAACCCUGUGAAGUUGGGUGACAAACAUCUCACUGUUCAGUUAUCAGAAAAGAGCAGCUCUCCUAAAUGGCAGAAGGGAUCCAUUAAUUUAGCAUAAAUUAUAUUAAUAAAAAUAAUCGUUUUACACUGGAAAUGUUCUUCUAGUGAAUCUAAGAUAAUCAGUAAUUUUACAUCGGGAUUUGUUUUUCUGUGCUUCCAGCAGAAUCCAAAAGUCCAACACAACCUCUAGAUUUGGCUCCUCCUCCUCCUCCAGGGGAGGAUGAAGAAUUGACAGCAGAGGAAGUCCAGAUGGUAUGAAAAGAACAACUGAAUUUCAUAUGAUAAUGUUACAAGUUGCCAUGUGUGAUAAGUAACUGACCACAGGCAAAGUUCCCAACUAUUACUUUUAAAGCAUCAAACUAAUAAUAAUUGUUUCAUAAUGUUCUCUUUGUUUGUUUGUUUAAGUUUGAAAUGGAAAACCAGAGGUUGUUUACAGAAAUGAACAGUUUGGUGAACGAAGUGAGGUAUGGUGAUAAAAGUUCAUUUAAAUCAGUCUUAGGGUUACUGUGAAACUCAGAGACUUGAUUCUCUCAACCAUUGGGUAUUCCUUGUACAACGUCUGCUUUUUAUUUCUAUCAUUAAACUUGUAUGUUUUUGUUAUAGGCAAAUUGAAGGAAAAGUAGUAGAAAUAUCUCAGCUCCAAGAAAUUUUCUCUGAAAAGGUUUUACACCAGGUGAGAAAGCCAUUUGAAACACUUAUGUCACUAGAUAGUUAAAGAUUUCAGGCAGGCCCCAAACCUGAUCAUUAAGUUUGCAAGACUUUUUAGACUUGUUUUACUGAAAAGAAUCCAUCAAUCAGUAUCUUCUGUUUAUACAGUCUGCACAGAUUGACAGAAUACAUGAGACUGCUGCAGGAACAACAGAAAAUGUCAAGGGAGGAAAUGAACAGAUAAGAGAGGUACAAUGUAACAUCAUCAUUGGAAGAGGUUUCAAUAAAAGCUGGUUACUGGCAGUCUACUGCCUCCUAUGAGACCUCUUUCUGCCAUCUGUUUAGGCUGCAAGCAGGGUCAGGUGCAUAGGUUUCAUCUCACAGCCCCUUUUCCAGGCCAGUGACCUAUCACACCACUGGCAGAUGUUUAUGGAAGAAGUUUUCAAUACCCCUGCAUCUGACUAUUAGAAAUCGUAAGCAGAGAUACAAUUCUCACAGGUGAACUGCAAUUAAAGAAAUCUCAGGAAAAAAUAUUUGACAAGAUUUAAACCCAUGCCACUCCAGGUGCUAUUACCUACCAUUGCUAAAUUAAGAUGUGCUUUGCACAUAAACAUUAAUUUUAGUAGUACAUUUGAUGUAAGGAAACCCUUUUCAUUUGCAGGCUAUCAAAAAUAAUGCCAGCUUCAGAGUUUGGAUACUUUUCUUUCUGGUUAUGUGUUCAUUGUCACUGCUGUUUCUCGACUGGUACAACUAA